GAUGGCCAUUUCCGUACAGUGGGGCUCUCUUUGAAAUUCCACCCCUCCGCCUUUGUUGUGCACAGCGAGGGGCGGGAAGACAAACAGGUCCACAUGUAUAAAGAGAUCAUCCCAGGACUCAGAGGCAGGAGGCUUCGAAAGCAUAUCGUGCUGAAACUCUCUGGAAACUUUGGGAUUCAGGAUUCAAGGCCGCUUUGGAGUUUGUCUCUCACUCAUUUAUUUUUUAUCCAGGGGAUUUUUUUUCUCAUCUUCACCACACAGCAGAGUUUAGGAAAGGAAACAUGCAGCUCCCACCGGCGCAUCGCUUCUUGGCUGUGUAUCUCACGCUAUUUGGAUACUUUGGGGACGUUUACGCAGGGACAGUCCUGAUGAACUCUAACGCCAUCAAGAACUUGCCCGCUGCAGCAGGCAGUAAGGGGGCUGACACUGUCAGUCCGAGUCCACGCACGUCUCCGUCUAGUAGCAUAGGACAUAAAUCCCCCGUGGACACCUUGCAGGUAAUGCCCGUGCGUAAAAGUCAUUUCUGUGCGCAACGGAAAAAAGUUGCAUUCAUGUGAGUUUUAUGAGCGAUAUUUAGAUACGUAAAUGACACGCUGCGUCUUUAUUUCUGUUUGACAUUAGCAGUCAGGUGUUUGCACGGAUGAUGAAGACUGCGGGGGUGAUGAAUUCUGCAAUGACGCCCGAGGCGCCUGUCUGCCGUGCCGUAAGAGCCGGAAGCGUUGCGCACGGGACUCUAUGUGUUGUGCAGGAAACCGCUGCAGCAACGGUGAGUAAAGGCAUGAAAACUGAAAUAUGAAUGAAUCCAGAAACUGUACUCAUGAAGAUGCCGGAGAUAGUCAUGGUUCCGUGCAUAAUCCACGAGUUACCAUUCUGUCUUGUAUAUGAGCAUUUUGUGGUAUUCAUUCCUGUUUGAGCAGAAGAUGGAUGAUUUGAUAUUGAUGGGACUUUAAACGGACCCAAAACCUAACUCUUACUUUUGAUCAUUUCGCUAGGUGUUUGCCAGGCCAAUGACAUAGUUGGCACAGAUGCAUCCAUCAUCACAAGCUGGCACAAAAACAACACUAUGGAGCAUCACGGCAAGAGGCCCCCCACAGCUCACAGCCAUCAGCCUCAUGCUGUGAAAGGUGAGUGUCCUCUUGAUCUUUAUUACCUUCAGGUGGCACCUCAAGCAGUUUUCUGUGAGCUCUGUGCCAUAAAACAAAUUGUCUCAUCUCACCUCUUUCUCUAUCUCUAGGCCAGGAAGGUGAUACAUGCCUGAGGUCUGCAGACUGCUCUGAGGGUCUGUGCUGUGCCCGACACUUCUGGUCUCGCAUCUGCAAGCCCGUGCUGACAGAGGGCCAGGUGUGCACUCGCCACCGCAGGAAAGGCAACCACGGUUUGGAGCUGUUCCAGCGCUGCGACUGUGGCGACGGCAUGGCCUGCCGACCGGAGAAAGGAGAGCGAGAUCACAGUGUCAGCAGGACUGCAGCCCGGAACCUACACACCUGUCAGAGACGCUGACACAAACGUGGGGACACACACAGAGACAGAGAUACACACACACACACACUCACACACACAGCAAGCAAACCCAUAAAUCAGUCACAGACACUGACAAACACUUUUCCGCCUUGCAUACACCGGAGAUGCUGACACACACACAGAGACACCCAACACCUAAGACAUUCUUUCCUGCCAAAGUUGCUGACAAAAACAGCACCCGGAAGGAUAGACAUGAUUCCUGGAAAAUUGAUACACCCAGAGGGAUGCAACAGAGCAAGACGGACUGAUCCAAUUCCACAUCAACAGAUAAGGAGUCGGAAGUUAGGCAGUGACAUUUCAGAAGUCUUGGGAAGAUCGAUUCAUGUCGUCGGUAAUGGCAGAGCUGUUUUGUUUCUCUUUUUAUGGAACUUCAAGCCUCAGUUAUUGCAGUAAAUUACUGUUUUGUAAAUAGUAUCUUAGAGGUGGCACUUAAUUGAGCUAUUGAAUUCUGUCAACACCAGUAUUAUAAGGACAUGGUGCUGCAUGCAAUGUAAAUGUGUUAUAUAUUGUUUUAUAAGAAAAUGUUAUAUAUAGAAAAGCUGGAUAUAUUUGUUUUAUUAAACAUCAUGUGAUAACCUCA